UCCCUCACGUCUUUACAGCUUUUGGACGUUUAGUACCGGAGGACAAAGUUCCGAAGAAGAGCAGCAGCGGAGGUGUCACUGUUCGGGAGAGGCUGUACAAUCCUCGGCAGUGUUCUGAGACUGUACGUACCUCCUCCGGUUCAUUUGGACUCCUCACGACGAACACUAACUUUGGUUUGGACUGUUAGACUCCACUGAGGACGACAUGACGGCCAACAAGGACAAAAAGAGGAGCAGCUCGGAGCGUCGCAAGGAGAAGUCACGUGACGCGGCUCGCUGUCGACGCAGUAAAGAAACGGAAGUUUUCUACGAGCUCUCUCGCCAACUUCCUCUACCUCACAGCGUCAGCGCUCACCUGGACAAGGCGUCCAUCAUGAGGCUGGCCAUCAGCUUCCUGCGGACGCGCACGCUCUUCACCGCCACAGGUACAGGCUGCGAAGGCAACGAGGACGAGCAGAUGAGCAGCCUGUACCUGAAAUCUCUGGAGGGCUUCAUCACCGUGGUAACGUCUGACGGCGACAUGAUCUUCCUGUCGGAAAACAUCAACAAAUUCAUGGGGCUGACACAGGUGGAGCUGACGGGUCACAGCAUCUUUGACUUCACGCACCCGUGUGACCACGAGGAGAUCAGAGAGAACCUCAGCCUCAAAUCCAACAGCAGCGGCUUCAAAAAAAAGAACAAAGAGCAAAGCACCGAGCGGGAUUUCUUCAUGCGGAUGAAAUGCACCGUGACCAAUAGGGGGCGCACCGUUAACCUCAAGUCUGCGAGCUGGAAGGUGCUGCACUGCACGGGCCACCUGAAGAUGUACAACAGCGCCCCCUCGCAGUUGCUAUGCGAACCACCGCUCACCUGCACGGUGCUGAUGUGCGAGCCCAUCCCCCACCCCUCCAACAUCGAGGCGCCACUCGACAGCCGGACUUUCCUGAGCAGACACAGCAUGGACAUGAAGUUCACUUACUGCGACGACAGAGUGACUGAGUUGAUGGGUUACACCCCUGAUGAUCUGCUGGGCCGCUCCGUCUACGACUUCUAUCACGCCCUGGACUCUGACAGCGUCACCAAGAGCCACCACAACCUGUGCACCAAAGGCCAGGCAGUGUGUGGUCAAUAUCGCAUGCUGGCAAAGAGCGGAGGUUACGUGUGGGUAGAAACCCAGGGCACCGUCAUCUACAACAACCGGAACGCUCAGCCUCAGUGCAUCGUCUGCAUAAACUACGUCCUCAGUGACAUCGAGGAGAAGUCCACCAUCUUCUCCCUGGAGCAAACCGAGUCUCUGUUCAAGCCUCGUCUCGCCGGCAACUUCUUCGCCGACGCAGUAUCAGGAGUGUGCGGGGAGGCCGGAGACUUCACCAAACUCAAAGAGGAACCGGAGGACCUCGCCCAGCUGGCGCCCACGCCCGGAGACACCAUCAUUAGCCUGGACUUCGGUGGUCCUCAUUUCAAGGAUUCCGCAAAGCAGUUAGCAUACAGGUCUCAGUCCACUGCUGCCAGGCACCUGCCAGGACAACCGUGCUGGACCAGUGAGGCCCACAACGUUGUCUCGCCACCGGCCGCAGGGGACGCGGUUAACAUGGCGGGCACCUUCACAGCCCAGCAGAACCCGUCGUCGUGCAGCGCAACUCCGAGCCUGAGCAGCUGCUCCACGCCCAGCAGCCCGGGUGACUACUACAGCCCGGCUGACAGCGACAUGAAGGUGGAGCUCACAGAAAGGCUCUUUGCUCUGGACACGGAGGCCAACAGUCCCGUUAGCACCGAGGUAUCAGAGCAUCUUGUGUUCUUUCAGAGGGACCUGAGUGACUUUGACCUGGAGACUUUGGCUCCUUACAUCCCGAUGGACGGUGAAGACUUCCAGCUCAAUCCCAUCAUUCCAGACUCUGAACCUCUGGAAGUGGGCAUGCCCAUGGGGGGCUCCAUGGAGGGUGGUGCCGGUGGCCUCCCUCAUUCCCAGCAGACCCCCAAGCAGAGCUUCAGCAACAUCGCCAGUCUCUUCCAGCCGCUUUCCUCGCCCCCUCAGCAGCAAAGCCGCUACGGGUCCCAGCCACCCGCCACCUCCUCCUGGGCUUCAGGGAAGGAGAGCGGCUCCACCCAGGCGACGCUGGACCCAAGGGUGUGGUCUUACAUUAUGGGGCAGAUGCAGAACCCGCCGUACCGGGCGCCUGCCAGCACCCCUCUGUCUUCAAUGGGGGGCAUUCAGAACCUGCAAUGGCCCCCUGAUCCUCUGUUAACGUAUCACCAACACACCAACAAAGGUUACCGCUUGGACCGUUUAUCUGGAGACCUUCAAGCGUCCUGCCAGCAGAACCUUCAGCACAUCCUGCACAAGGAGAGGUCCGAUGUCAUGGAGGACUUUGGACGAGCUUACAAAGACAUGAGUCCUCCUCCCCGAAUGGACAACGCCAUGAAACGCUCCUUCACUCAGAUGGCGGGUGAAUGUAAGACGUCAGAAAGCAUAUGGAAGAAGAUGAGGAGCAGCAUGCCUGGUUCUGGUCCAGACGGAAUGAGAGGGGACAGCAGGACUCCGUGUUUGGGAACUCUGCAACAACACAGGAAGUCUCAGUAUCCAGGAAGUAUGUCAGGUCUUGCCAGUCGCUUACUGGGUCCGUCAUUCGAGUCCUCCGGUCUGCCUGAGUUGACCCGCUACGACUGCGAGGUUAACGUGCCGCUGCAGGGCAACCUGCACCUCCUCCAGGGCUGUGACCUGCUGCGAGCCCUGGACCAGGCCACCUAGAAGAUCCGCAUCCGAACGCCACGAUGGACCCAGAUUUUGUAUUACAGCCACACGGAUCUUCAACACCACAGUCCAAGACUUGGAGGCCUCCAUGUCGGACUCAAAUAGCACUCACUAGCCUUCUUUAGCUGCGAUGACGUUGUCCACCUCCACAAGGUGCUGCUUCCUCUUUGUCCCUCAGCUGUGUCAUGUGACACACCACACACUUCUAUAUGGAGUCUGUUUGCACGCUCUACAUCAGCUGACUCCUUUAGCUAAGAGGCUAACGCUAAUGCUUUUUGGGUCUGUAGAUUUGGACUAUUUUCAAAUCAAAUUCCAAGUAGGAAAGUGUUUCCGAUUCCCAAAGAUAGUUUUGAUUUGUCGGGUCCUCGCCUCAGAAGACCGAUGAAGUCCGUCUUCAAGUCAAGUCGAGAUGCGAAAAAAAAAACAAGUUUUCCUCGAUAACUAACAAUGACUAGAGCGGAACUUCCCCUUGUUAGCAUCAAGUGCCGGGAAAUAGCUUUUCGUUGUUAGCUAACGCGUUGUCGUUUAAUCCACACUCUUGAACGCAUCGUGCAGUACUAACACAGUACACGCACGUACUCAAACGCAGCGCCUGCAUGUACUGCGUUAGACUGCAAACACGCUGUAAGAAGACUUCAUGGUCUUCUACUAGCAUCACUAGCUAGCUGCUUUUCUUCUUCUCCUUGUUGUUCUCGUCAAGGUGAAGCUUCAUCUGUGCCACGGUUCACUUCAUGGCACACACACACACACACACACACACACAUGUGUGUACAUGCACAUACAUUGCAAUAGUAGUGUUUGCCGCUUCAUGCAAAAGGGCCACAUUCAUAGAAAUAAUAAUCUUAUUUCCUCAAUGAAUUUCCUAGAAUUAUAAGAAUAAAGUUGUACAUGCACAUUAAGAAAAGAAAAUAGUUUCAUAGUUUCAUGAAAAGACUAUGUAAUAUUACAAAAAUAAAUAUUUUCAAAUGCAAACUAUUUUACUGACUUUAUUUUUGUAAUAUUAUUUGACUUUAUUCUUGUCAAUAUCUGACUAAAUAUCAACAUUAAUUGUGUUACAAUGAUGAAUAAAGUGAAAUUUACAUGCAUAUUCUAAUAAUUCUAUGGCUAUAUUAUUAUUAUUAUUAUUAUUUCUUUAUUCUUGUACAAUUACAAUUUAAAAGUUAUGGAAAUAAUGAUUGUGGUCCCAGUGUUCCUUCAUCGCGUUACUAACGCUUUUACAUUUUGGCUGAAGCCGUAAUAAAUAAUCCGUAAAUUUUCCGUUUGUUCUACCGUCACGUAAACGGUGAUUAUAGUGUGGAAUUUGUGGCAAUCACUGACACUUUUGGAGAUGUUUGAACCCCUCUUGUUGAUGUUUGUGCUUUAAAAAAAAAAAAAACGUUGCCAGAUACGAUGUAGCAUUUUGCAUAGUGGUUAAAAAGGAGGUAGCUGUUCACGUAAACACUGUAUACUCUUUGUAAGUGCUUUUGCUUUCACAUCAUGCUGAUAUUUAUUUUCCGGGAAGGGAAGCGAUGGUCUGACUUUUAAGAAGCCUUGAUUUUGGAAUGCAUCAUAUUUUAAUUAUUAUUACUGUUAUCAAUGUAGUACUGUACGUAGGCUGGUAAUGUUGGCUGAGACACACAAGCACCAGACUUGAUUGCCACUUUAAAGAUUUGAUUGUUUUCGAUACAAUAAUUCCUAACAAGCUAAUGUCGCUACUCAAAAUUCAACUUCAAACCCUCAACAUCACUUCCUGUUCAACACUAUAUUGGCUAAUAGGAGUGUCAAUGUGACUAUAGGGGUGUUAUUUCAUGUCUAAAGAGCUCUAACCAGACUUGAUUGCCACAAUAAAGAUUUGAUUGCAGUUUUCGAUAUAUAGAAUAAUUCCUAACAAGCUAAUGUUGCUACUCAAAAUUCAACAUCAAACCCUCAACAUCACUUCCUGUUCAACACUAUAUUGGCUAAUAGGAGUGUCAAUGUGACUAUAGGGGUGUUAUUUCAUGUCUAAAGAGCUCUAACCAGACUUGAUUGCCACAAUAAAGAUUUGAUUGCAGUUUUCGAUAUAUAGAAUAAUUCCUAACAAGCUAAUGUUGCUACUUCAAAAUUCAACUUCAAACCCUCAACAUCACUUCCUGUUCAACACUAUAUUGGCUAAUAGGAGUGUCAAUGUGACUAUAGGGGUGUUAUUUCAUGUCUAAAGAGCUCUAACCAGACUUGAUUGCCACAAUAAAGAUUUGAUUGCAGUUUUCGAUAUAUAGAAUAAUUCCUAACAAGCUAAUGUUGCUACUUCAAAAUUCAACUUCAAACCCUCAACAUCACUUCCUGUUCAACACUAUAUUGGCUAAUAGGAGUGUCAAUGUGACUAUAGGGGUGUUAUUUCAUGUCUAAAGAGCUCUAGUCAUGUUAAAAGACAUAUUUAGAAGGUGGUAAAAUAUUCCAUUCCUAAAUAAGGAAUCCUAAUUUGUGGAAUUGGACUUAUCAGGGUGUGAAAUCAACAAAGUGUCAUAAAGGAGGGAUUACUGUACUGUAAGAAGUGAUGGGAUUCAGCCAGGACGAAGAACGGACUUGAUGAUGUGUCCGCUAGAAAGCAUUGGCGAUGAAGCGUGUACGCAUACGUUGGGAGGAAUGCAGGUAGCGGUAAACGUGACACAAAUAUUGUAGCCUAAAACGGAAAUCGACUUCAGCACUACCUCGCUUUUUCAUGAUUCAUUCAUCCCAAAUCGUACAACAAACCAUAAGAUUCUUAUGUAUUCUUAUGUUUUAUAUUCCAAAUAUCACCAGAAAACAUCAAAAAGCAACAACAAUCGGAACAACAAACAAGUUUUACAUGGCAGGAAUCUGUCUAUAAUGUCUCAGCUCUAAAACAAACGUCAAAUGCUUGCUUUGGACACUCCUUUCCGCAGAUUACUUGGUUGGCAGACUAGCUUGUUAGCAGACUAGCAUAUUAGCAGACUAGCUUGUUAAUAGACUGGCUUGUUAGCAGACUGGCUUGGUAAUAGACUGGCUUGUUAGCAGACUGGCUUGUUAAUAGACUAGUUUGUUAGCAGACUAGCUUGUUAAUAGACUGGCUUGUUAGUGGAUUAGUUGGGUGGCGGACUAGCUUGUUAGAUGAGCUUGGUAGCAGACUAGCUUGUUAGCUGACUAACUUAUUAAUAGCUUGUUAGCAGACAAGUUUGUUAGCACACUAGCUUGUUAAUAGACUAGAUAGUAGAGUAGUUUCGUAGCGGGCUAGUUUGUGAUCAGACUACCUUGUUAGCAGGCUACCUUGUUAGCAAACUAGUUUGUUAAUAGACUAGAUUGUUAGCAGACUAGCUUGUUAGCAGAUUACUAUGUUAAUAGACUAGUUUGUUAGUGGAUUAGUUGGGUGGCAGACUAGCUUGUUAGAUGCGCUCAGUAGCAGACUAGCGUGUUAGCUGACUAGCUUAUUAAUAGCUUGUUAGCAUACUUGUUUGUUAGCACACUAGCUUGUUCAUAGACUAGAUAGUAGAUUAGUUUGGUAGACUAGAUUGUUAGCAGACUAGCUUGUUAGUAGAUUAGUUCAUUAGCACACUAGCUUGUUAAUAGACAAGUUUGUUAGUAGACUAGUUUGGUAGCGGACUAGCUUGUUUGCAGACUCCUAUUAAUAGACUACAUUGUUAAGAGACUAGCUUAUUAAUGAAUUAAUCGACUCGUUAGUUAACUAGACAUGUUAGCAGACCAGCUUGUCAGCAGACUAAUUUGUUAAUAGAUUUGGUUUGGUAGCGGACUAGCUUGUUAGCAGACCAGCUUAUUAACAGACUCACUUGUUAGCAAACUACGCUGUUGGCAGACUCGUUUGUUAAUAGACUAGCUUGUUAGCAAAUUAGAUUAUAGCGUCUCGAUUGUUAGCAGACUAGUUUGUUAAUAGACGAGCUUGCUAGCAGACCAGCUUGUUAGCAGACUCGCUUGUUAGCAGACUAGCUUUUUAGUAGAUUAGUUCAUUAGCACACUAGCUUGUUAAUAGACAAGUUUGUUAGUAGACUAGUUUGGUAGCGGACUAGCUUGUUUGCAGACUAGCUUAUUAAUAGACUACAUUGUUAAGAGACUAGCUUAAUAA